CGCAACAUGGCGGGGGCUGAGUCUGCGCAGUGCGGACCGGGACGGCCGAUUCCUUCCUGGCAGGGCGGAAGGCUGAACCAUUCCCGCACCGAGACUUUGUGUCCCUCGCAAUUCACACGUACGGUUUUCCGAGCCAGCAUGUCAUCCUUUCAUCCGCAAAGCUGUCCUGAGCUCAGCGGCCUCUCGGCGUCUUUUGGCGCGUGGCGCCGCCGACGCGCCCCGGCCCCCGAAUGGUCUGGACCGACGUCACCUCCGGUCGUAGGUGUCAUGGCUACCUUGAGAGGCCAUCACCAUUACUUUAAAUACUGCAAAAUCUCAGCGUUGGCUCUACUGAAAAUGGUGAUGCAUGCCAGGUCAGGAGGCAACUUGGAAGUGAUGGGUUUGAUGCUUGGGAAAGUGGACGGUGAGACCAUGAUCAUCAUGGACAGCUUUGCUUUGCCUGUCGAGGGCACUGAGACGCGGGUCAAUGCUCAGGCCGCUGCUUAUGAGUACAUGGCUGCAUACAUCGAAAAUGCCAAACAGGUUGGCCGCCUUGAAAAUGCGAUUGGCUGGUACCAUAGCCACCCUGGUUAUGGCUGCUGGCUCUCUGGGAUUGACGUUAGUACACAGAUGCUGAACCAGCAGUUCCAGGAACCAUUCGUAGCCGUGGUGAUUGAUCCGACCAGAACAAUAUCUGCCGGAAAAGUGAAUCUUGGCGCCUUUAGGACAUAUCCAAAGGGCUACAAACCUCCUGAUGAAGGACCUUCUGAAUACCAGACUAUCCCACUUAAUAAAAUAGAAGAUUUUGGCGUGCACUGCAAACAAUACUAUGCCUUAGAAGUCUCGUAUUUCAAAUCCUCUUUGGAUCGUAAACUACUUGAGCUCUUGUGGAAUAAAUACUGGGUGAAUACCCUGAGUUCCUCGAGCUUGCUCACUAAUGCAGACUAUACCACUGGCCAGGUGUUUGACUUGUCUGAAAAGUUAGAGCAGUCGGAGGCCCAGCUGGGACGAGGGAGUUUCAUGUUGGGUUUAGAAACACACGACCGGAAGUCAGAAGACAAACUUGCCAAAGCAACUAGAGACAGCUGUAAAACUACCAUAGAAGCCAUCCACGGAUUGAUGUCUCAGGUCAUUAAGGAUAAACUCUUUAAUCAAAUUAACGUCGCUUAGUUACCACUGAGUACGUUGUCCUGAAAGCUGAUAUGUGGGAGGAAAAAGCUCCAGUAACAGCUGUGAACCAGUUAACCAAACUCAGAAGACCACGGUGCUGUGCGGAGUCCCGAUUGUUAGCACUGUAAUAAAGCUAUCACGUGAAACCGUC